CAAUUUCCAUCUGCAAUUCCUGCCAAUCCAAAUCAAACUCUCUUCUUUAUUCGACUGUUCAUUAGGAAGCAAAAAUGGCAGCCAUUUCAGCUACUCAGCUUGUUCCUAUCUCACGACCUAAUUCUAAACUAUCAUCUUCUUCUGCUUCAAUUAACUUCACAAACCGACCUCUCUUUUCUGUUCGCACUUCCUUCAGACGUUUGCGAGCCGUUCUCAAUUCUUCGCUGACACCAACCGCUCAAGAAGCGGUCACUGGAAACGACAACACUUUCACUCUCCGUGAGCUCUGCCAAGGUCAGGUGCCCGACCAUGUGCUUCUCAGGAUGGAAGAGAUUGGAUAUGUGGUACCGACAGAUAUACAGCGUGAAGGAUUGCCUGUUAUUUUCUCGGGCCGUGAUUGCAUACUGCAUGCUCAGACAGGUUCGGGUAAAACGCUGACGUACCUACUGCUGAUAUUUUCAGUAAUAAACACUCAAAGGUCUGCUGUGCAAGCACUCAUUGUGGUGCCAACUCGAGAACUUGGCAUGCAAGUUACCAAAGUUGCUCGAAUGUUGGCUGCAAAGCCCUCAGAAUCUGGCUCGGAAGAGAAGUCGUGUACCGUCAUGGCUCUUUUAGAUGGAGGGAUGUUGAGAAGACACAAGAGUUGGCUAAAGGCUGAACCCCCGAAAAUAGUGGUGGCUACAAUAGGAAGUUUGUGCCAAUUGAUUGAGAAGAACAUAUUGAAGCUCGAGUCCAUGCAGGUGCUUGUUAUUGAUGAGGUUGAUUUCUUGUUCAACUCUUCAACACAAGUCAGUUCUCUUAAAAAGCUGUUGGGAUCAUAUUCAUCGUGCAACAACCGUCAGACCAUUUUUGCUAGUGCAUCAAUCCCUCAGCACCGACGAUUUUUACAUGACUGCAUACAGCAGAAGUGGACCAAGAGUGAUGUGGUUCAUGUUCAUGUUAAUGCGAUAAAACCCUUGCCUUUAUGUCUGCAUCAUAGAUUUGUGAUAUGCAGUAAAAAAAUGAAGCAUGAAACAUUGCUAUCCUUACUAAAGUCUGAUGCACCCGAAUCUGGCAUUAUUUUUGUUGGUGAGCAGUCUGAGAAGUCAAAGAAAGCUGGAAAUUCGCCAUCAACAACUCUUCUAAUUGAUUUCUUGAAGACUUCAUAUGGGGGUUCUUCAGACAUCCUUCUUCUGGAGGAAGACAUGAAUUUCAAUUCUCGAGCAGCUUCACUAUCAGAACUAAGACAAGGGGGAGGCUAUCUUCUUGUAUCUACAGAUAUAGCGGCCAGAGGAAUAGACUUGCCAGAGACGACUCAUAUAUACAAUUUUGAUCUGCCAAGAACAGCUAUAGAUUAUCUGCAUCGAGCUGGAAGAACAGGUAGGAAACCUUUUUCAGACGAGAAAUGUAUUGUUACCAACAUUAUAACUUCAGAGGAGCAUUUUGUUUUGCAAAGAUAUGAAAAUGAAUUGAAGUUUAACUGUGAAGAGGUUACUUUACUGGAUCAAUAAUAAUCUAUUAUUUUUGCAAAUUUGCAGUUAUUUUCUUUUCUUUUGCUCUCCUUUAAGUUGUUGCCUUCAUCUAUGUGAAUAGAUAGAAUAAUGGAAAUUUGACAGUGAAUCUUGUGGAACAGAAGUUAGUUUAAUAAAAUAACUAAGUUUGAAGAAAA